CUAGGAGAAAUAGUGGACAGUGGCACUCUCCGACAUACCCGGCUGGGCCAAGAAUCAGAAACAGUGGACAGUGGCACUCUUCGAUAUAGCAAAGGAGAAACAGUGGACAGUGGCACUCUCCGAUAUAGCCCCAAGGAGAAACAGUGGACAGUGGCACUCUCCGACAUAGAGGAGAAAUAACUGGGAGUAUACACUCAACCCACAUGCCCUCUGGAUUGGGAGUAUACACUCAACCCACAUGCCCCCUAUGUAGCCUUCCGAUUGCUUGGCAAAACACCUUCACAGAUUGGGAGUAUACGAGCCGUUGCUGAGUUUAGACUACGUACUGGACAACCGUUGAUGAGUUUAGACUACGUACCGAACACGAUUGCCUAUCAAAACACCUUCACAGAUUGGGAGUAUACACUCAACUCACAUGUACACCUUCACAGAUUGGGAGUAUACACUCAACCCACAUGGACCUUCACAGAUUGGGAACUGGGAGUAUACACUCAACCCACAUGCCCUCUGGAUUGGGAGUAUACACUCAACCCACAUGCCCCCUAUGUAGCCUUGGGAGUAUACACUCAACCCACAUGCCCCCUAUGUAACCUUCAAGAGGAAAUGGAGAAGACCCACCUGAUUCGGUGUCCCACAGGAGGAAAUGGAGAAGACCCACCUAAUUCGAUGUAA